ACUAUAUACACCGAUAUUUAAUUUCGCCAGGAAUAAAAUUGUUUUUAUUCUGUUUCCAUUUAGGUUUUUUACCUAUCUAUCAUAGAUAGCAAGUUUGUUAAUAUUUAAUGAUAAGCUAGCGCGAUAGAUAAAUUCAAUUUCUUUCGUUUUCCGUGUUGACAUCGUCAACUUUUGAUCUGGAACCAUGAAGACACGUUUCAAUACUUUUGAUAUAAUCUGCGGAGUGGCCGAACUGCAAAAGUUGGUCGGCUGGCGAGUGAAUCAGAUCUAUGACGUGGAUAACAAGACCUAUCUCUUCCGGAUGCAGGGGACCGGAGCGGUGGAGAAGGUAACCCUGCUGCUAGAAUCCGGCACCCGGUUCCAUACCACUCGAUUCGAAUGGCCCAAGAAUAUGGCCCCAUCUGGAUUCAGCAUGAAGCUGAGAAAGCACUUAAAGAACAAGCGCCUGGAGAAGAUCCAGCAACUGGGUGGCGAUCGUAUCGUGGACUUUCAGUUCGGUACCGGCGAUGCCGCCUACCAUGUUAUUUUGGAGCUCUACGAUCGGGGUAAUGUGAUUCUGACCGACUACGAGUUGACCACGUUGUAUAUCCUGCGUCCCCAUACGGAGGGCGAGAAUCUGCGCUUCGCCAUGCGCGAGAAAUACCCCGUGAAACGGGCCAAGCAGGCCACCGAGGAACUGCAGCCGGAGGCCCUGGAGAAACUGCUGGAAAAUGCCAAGAACGGCGAUUAUUUGCGCCAGAUCCUGACGCCCAAUUUAGACUGUGGUCCGGCUGUUAUAGAGCACAUCCUUCUGUCACACGGCUUGGAUAAUCACGUAAUCAAAAGAGAAGAAGCCGAGGACACUCCUGAGGCGGAGGAAAAGCCAGAGAAAGGUGGUAAGAAGCAGCGUAAGAAGCAACAGAGUGCUAAACUGGAACAGAAGCCAUUCGACAUGGUUAAUGACCUGCCAAUUCUUAAACAGGCUGUGAAGUGCGCCCAAGAUCUUAUAAUCGAGGGAAACAGUGGAAAAACCAAAGGAUACAUUAUUCAAGUGAAAGAGGAGAAACCGACGGAGAAUGGAAAAGUGGAAUUUUUCUUUAGAAACAUCGAAUUCCAUCCCUACCUAUUUGUCCAAUUUCAAAACUUUGAAAAGGCCACGUUCGAGUCAUUUAUGGAUGCCGUCGAUGAAUUUUAUUCAACUCAAGAAUCGCAGAAGAUUGACAUGAAAACGCUGCAUCAGGAGCGUGAAGCUCUGAAGAAGCUGUCCAAUGUUAAAAAUGACCACGCAAAGCGUCUGGAGGAGUUGACCAAAGUUCAGGAUGUGGACCGAAAGAAGGCAGAGCUUAUUACGUCCAAUCAAAGCCUGGUGGAUAAUGCAAUUCGGGCAGUUCAGUCGGCUAUCGCUAGUCAAUUGUCCUGGCCGGAUAUUCAUGAGCUGGUGAAGGAGGCCCAGGCGAAUGGCGAUGCUGUAGCUAGUUCCAUAAAGCAGCUAAAGCUGGAAACGAACCAUAUAUCGCUUAUGCUCAGUGACCCUUAUGAUAAUAAUGAAGACGAGGAUCUUAAGACUCCAGAGGUGACAGUUGUGGAUGUGGAUUUAGCACUAUCUGCCUGGGCCAACGCCCGUCGAUACUACGAUAAGAAACGUUCAGCUGCUCAAAAGGAAAAGAAAACGGUAGAUGCUUCCCAAAAAGCGCUUAAAUCUGCUGAGCGCAAGACACAACAAACGCUCAAGGAAGUAAGGACUAUUUCCAACAUCGUAAAGGCCCGUAAAGUAUUCUGGUUUGAAAAGUUUUACUGGUUUAUAAGCUCUGAAAAUUAUUUGGUUAUUGGAGGCAGAGAUGCGCAGCAGAACGAGCUUAUUGUUAAAAGAUAUAUGCGUCCGAAAGACAUUUAUGUGCACGCUGAGAUUCAAGGUGCCUCGAGUGUUAUAAUACAGAAUCCCACAGGAGAGGAUAUACCUCCCAAAACGUUGCUCGAAGCUGGAUCUAUGGCUAUAUCGUACAGUGUGGCUUGGGAUGCCAAGGUGGUAACAAAUUCCUACUGGGUGACAAGUGAUCAGGUCAGCAAAACCGCACCAACUGGAGAGUACUUGGCAACUGGUAGCUUUAUGAUCAGAGGAAAGAAGAACUUCCUGCCAUCCUGCCACUUGACUAUGGGUCUAAGUUUACUUUUCAAGUUGGAAGACAGUUUUAUUGAGCGCCAUUUGGGCGAACGUAAAGUUAGAAGCUUGGAUGAUGAUCAGAUUGAUCAAAAUGUUAAAGAAACUGAAGUUGAGCAUGAUCUUUUGUCCGACGGUGAAGAUACUGAAACAAAUCCCACUACAAAUGUCGAGGAGCAAAGUUCUAAUACUGAGAUUACUGGUUUUCCCAAUACGGAAGUAAAGAUUGAACACGAUACUGGCCGCAUAAUAGUCAGAUCCGACUCCAUAAAUGCAGAGAACGAAGGGACUGAAGAGAUAGAAGAGGUGGUCGAAAAACUUUCAACUAAACCCCUGGAUGAGGAAACGACCAUUAUUUUGGCUGGUCCAAGCCGCAAGAAGCAAGUUAGUGCUAAAAAGACUAAAGAAGACAAAGCACGAGCUGCGAAACAGGAAGCUGCCAAACAGGAAGUUGCCCCUGUAAGCACUGAGCCCAAAAAUCCAUCGCAGGUUAAGAGAGGUCAGAAGGGCAAACUGAAGAAAAUGAAACAAAAAUACAAGGAUCAAGAUGAUGAGGAGCGUGAAAUUCGUAUGAUGAUUCUCAAGUCUUCGGGCAAGGAAAAGCCCCAGGCAGCUGCUGAAAAAGUGGUGGAGAAGAGCGAGGUUAUAAAGCAGUAUGUGAAACCAGAUAAAAGCGCAGCUCCCAAAAACCCAGUGGAAUUGGAGGAUGCUGAUGAAGUGCCCGUCGGCGGUGAUGUGGAUAUACUCAACAGUCUGACUGGGCAGCCACACGAGGGAGAUGAGUUGCUCUUUGCAAUUCCUGUAGUGGCUCCCUAUCAGGCCUUGCAAAACUACAAAUUCAAAGUGAAGCUCACCCCAGGAACUGGUAAAAGAGGAAAGGCUGCGAAACUAGCUCUCAACAUAUUUGCCAAGGAAAAAGGCUGCAAUGCUCGUGAGAAGGAUUUACUGAAAAGUAUAAAGGAGGAGUCCAUGGCAAGAAAUAUUCCAGGAAAGGUCAAGCUAUCAGCCCCACAACUGCAAAAGUAUCACAAAUAAAUAAAUAAAAAUUGUAUACAAAA